UUUUUGAGAACCUGAAAGACUCCAACGAAUAUUGGUUCAUAUGAUAAGACAAACUUUUCUUUUCACUCUUUUCAAAUCAAAACCAAGCUUAGAACUGCCCUGAUAUGCUAAAAGAGCAACUAUACAAAAGAAAACAAGUGUUUUUUUUUUAGGUAUGGAAGGAGAAGAGAGCUUAGUUUUAGAAACUUCAUAUGCUGCAAACCAAGAACAUGGCCAUGUGAGAGAUGGAGAAGCAUCUGAUCAAGAUUUCUGUGGAUUGGAAGCUAUUGAAGUUAUCGAAGAGACGAAGAAGCAGAUGAAGCUAGCAGGGCCUCUUGUAGCAGUUAGUAUUCUGCAGAACAGCAUACAAUUGAUAACUAUCAUGUUCAGUGGUCAUCUUGGUGAGCUACCUCUUUCUAGUGCCUCUUUGGCCACCUCUUUUGCUUCAGUGACUGGUUUCAGUGUUUUGUUAGGAAUGGCAAGUGCCUUGGAGACACUAUGUGGACAAGCCUAUGGAGCCAAACAACAUCAUCUACUUGGAAUCCAUAUGCAAAGAGCAGUUCUAACCUUACUGUCCUUAUCCAUUCCCCUAUCACUCAUCUGGUUUUACACAGACACUAUCCUCAUUUCGCUGCAUCAAGACCGCGAGAUAUCCACUGGCGCGGGAACUUUCAACUGUUGGAUGAUCCCGAGCUUGUUUGCCUUUGGUCUACUUCAAUGCCUCAACAGAUUCUUACAAACACAGAACAUAGUUUUCCCUAUGAUGAUAAGCUCUGGGGUCACAACUCUUCUCCACACCUUGGUGUGUUGGCUUCUUGUCUACAAGUUUAGCCUUGGGAUCAAGGGAGCAGCCUUGGCAAACAACAUCUCAUAUUGGUUCAAUGUGUUUUUGCUUGCAAUUUAUGUGAAGUUCUCUGGGGCUUGCAGACAUACUUGGACAGGCUUUUCAAGAGAUGCCUUGAAUGAUUUUUUCAGCUUUUUAACACUUGCCAUUCCUUCUGCAGUAAUGAUAUGCUUUGAAUACUGGUCAUUUGAGAUGGUAGUACUAUUAUCUGGUCUUCUCAGCAAUCCAAAGCUAGAGACAUCUGUGUUGUCAAUAAGUGUGAACACAAUGUGGAUGGUAUACAUGAUCUCUGUUGGCCUUGGAGGAACCAUAAGUACAAGGGUGUCGAAUGAAUUAGGAGCCGGGCAGCCACAGCGCGCACGAUUAGCUUUACUCGUUGCAAUUGUGGUUGCUUUAUCAGAGGGUGUCUGUGUAGGAAUAGUAACAAUCUUAGCAAGCCCUAUUUGGGGAAAGCUUUUUAGCAAUGAGAAAGAAGUUAUCCAAUAUGUUGCUAAAAUAAUGCCACUUCUUGCACUAUCUGAUUUCUUGGAUGGAUUUCAAUGUGUGCUCUCAGGAGCUGCAAGAGGGUGUGGGUGGCAAAAGCUUUGCGCAUUUAUUAACCUUGGAGCUUACUAUGUUGUAGCUAUUCCUUUAGCUGUGUUAUUUGGUUUCUUCUUCCAUAUCGGAGGCAUGGGGCUUUGGAUUGGGAUAAUAUGUGGACUUUCUAUUCAAGUGAUAGCACUUACCACUGUAAUUGCAUGCACAAAUUGGGAAAAAGAGGCAAUGAAAGCUGUACGAAGAGUCCAUGAGGCUGGCAGAGCUAUUGGCAUUGAAACAGAGAAUUUGCUUUCAAAAGAAACCAAAGUCUCCCAACAUUCCCACUCAACACCAUGACACCAAUAUUCCCAUGAAUAUUAUACCCUUCUUAUAAAAUUAGGAUCCUAAGACAAAUAAAGAAAAAAAAAAUGUUAUUUUUCUAAUUUUUAUACAUAAAACGAUAUUUUUCUAAACUUAGGAAGCUUUUCUAUGUAAAAAUUAAUGUAUUUCUUAAAUUUGAGAUCUCGAGCAUGGAUCUAGUCCGCUUAUACUCAGACACGACCCUACUUGAUAGCCAAACUCAUUUUUUGACUCUGGCUUUCACUAAUAUUUCUAAACGCAUGCACAUAA